CUUGUGGUCAAAUGCAGGAAAAUAAGACAUAUUCUUGCACUUUAAUAACAAACUAUCCUAGCAGCACCAUGGGAAAAUAUUUUCAUGCUUUCAUACUUAUUUGUUCUGGUUCAUGUUUCAUCAUCUCUCCACUCAUGGCAGGUGAUUUGAGGAAUGAUGUGGUCGUGGCACGUGAGGACACGUCUGUCAUUCUGUCCUGCUUUGAUUCACCACCCACAUCUUCUGUACUGGUUACCUGGAAGAUGAUGACAACGAGGGAGGAUCGCUGGACAUAUUUGAUAUCAGCCCAGUGCAUCGCUGGACAAACAGAUGGAAGCAGCAUAGAAUUUGGAAGCAGAACUUUUGAGAUCUCUGCAGAUGCCUCACUGAUCUUCAGGGCCACAGCAGCUGCGCAAGGACACUACGCCUGUGUGAUAGAACAGGAUGACAAGAAGCUACAGGAGAGGGUUGUUCUUCUCGCCCUGAUUAAAUUAACUGUCACUCCCACGCCCCCUGUCACAGUGGACAGUACUCUGAGACUGGCAGCUCAGGUGUCUCCCUCCUCCGUGGCUGCCUGGGGAACGUGGGUGUCUCCCUCGGGUGAACAGCUACACACUGAAAUCUCCUAUGGAACGGGCAGUCUGCUCAGCAAGCUGCCUCGCGUCACCAGUAAAGACAACGGCGUCUAUACCUGCAGAAUCCAUGUCUCUGGUAACAAUGACAGAUCUGUCUCGGAGCACCGGGUGAAUGUGACAGUGAAUGUGAAAGCAGUGUUUUCUUUCACAGACAUCACACAUGGAGUCCCAAGGUCUUUGGCAGCCCUCUUUCAUUCACUGGUCACUCUAACAUGUCCAUCUGUCCUUGGUGACUAUGUGUUGGUCUAUUGGGAGGAUCCUGAUUCAGAAAUAAUGGAGCUCAUAUUCCAGUUUGACCGCUGGAGACGGAGCUACACCAACCAGAACAAACCCCACAUUCAUCUGACAGACCCUGCCUCCCUGGCUGCUGCUGGGAACUUCUCCUUCCUGUUAAGGCCGGCCCUAAAGCAUGGAGGACUCUACUUGUGCGAAGUCUACCUGGAUGACAAGGCUUUCAGUCAAGCCAACAGACUCAGUGUUUUACAUGGAUAUACCAAGUCAUCCCGCACCACUCUGGAUCUGAUUUGUGUGUACUUUGAGCGAUCUCAAGUCAAAUCUGUAAGGUGGUCAUAUGUUCAGAAUUCCACUCGCUCUCUGCAAUCACGUAAAGUUGUGGGCCGGAUCACAACCUCUGUAGCGCUCCCUGUGACCCCUGAGACAGCUGGACAGUAUGCCUGUACUAUGUAUCUGAAAAAUGGAAACUCGGUGCAAUAUACACACACCGUCACAAUGGCCAAUAUAGAACCAACCAUUUCUCCAGGCUUUGCACUGCCACCUACAGAUGAUUCACUACCCUCUUAUGUUUCCACCUUCUCAUUCCUGGUGUUUCUGAUCCCCCUGAUUGCCGUAGCUGUUGGGGUGUUGCUAUGGAGACAGGGCUUUUGCGUCACCCGUCGAAAUGUCAAGCAAUCGCUGUCUCACCACUCCAGAGAGGGGGAGAACAUCUAUGAAAAUCCUGAUGAUCUAAGACAGCAGACACCUCCCCAAGGUGCAGUCUACAUGGAUCUCAAGCCAAUGGGUGAAACAGAUGUAUAUAAAGAAUUAGAUUGGUGAAACAUGAUUGGCUGCGGCUUGGUGGGUGGGGGUUACAUACUCUCUGUGCAUUAAUCAUCCUGCAAAUGUUUUCUUUCUCUCUCUCUCU